AUGUCUCCUCCCAAUCCGAAGAAGUCUCUCAGUGAUGCCCAGCACAACAAACAACAAAAAGAACGUGAGCGCCGCCAACGUAUCGAACAGGGCACUGAGCUCCUCAAGGAAAAACUCAUCGAAGCCCAUGAAGCUGGAAUCCAUGUCAAUCACGGCAGAAACGAAAUUGCCGAUAUCUACCAAGCCAGCGCCAACGUCAUCGCACUUUUGCUGCAAAUGCACAAGGACAGCCUCAAUGGCCUUGACGAUAUCAAGAAGAUGCACCAGGAAAUGGAAAAGCAUUACAAAGCUGGUUUUGCCGCUGGACGCCGAAGUGCACAAAAAGACACCGAGAUGAAUGCUGAAUAUGCGUUCCCCGAACGUCCGGCUUCCGCUCCGGCACCAUCAACCUCCUCUGCGAGCCAAGUCGAGGUUCCAGUGGCUCCAUUGGCCCCCGUGGUCCCAAUGGCUUCCAACUUGAGCAUGGCCGCCCAACAGUUCAUGCUCCAGAACAUCCUACAGCCAAAUCAUUUGGCUGGCUUGAUGUCCCCGAUGAUGACGCCAACUUUCAUACCACUACAAUACAACCAGCUGCUGUCGCCGGCCAGCGUUUUUGCUCACUAUGCAGCCCUGGCCAAGCAAAAUGCCUUCACGCCACCCGGAAGUCGCUCAACAUCACCAGCUCAAAAAGAAAAGAGCGCGUCUACCGCCACCGAUCGUAAACGAAAAGCGAAGGAUGAAGUGGCGGAG